CUUGAAUUACAAGCUUGAAUUACAUAACAAUCACUCUGCACUUGAUGGUUAAGUAGUGAUUGUGGCACCUAGAAGGCGCGGACUAGGGGUCUCAGCGACGGAGGAGACGUGCCAGGUUGAAGAGACUCGCUUGAAGUCUCCUACGCGUCAGUUGAUGUAAAAUAGACUCGCCUUAACGCCAGUCCUAUUUUUUGCCAACCCCAACAUACCUGUUUUAGAGCAGAACCCUAUGCCCUUCUACCCUUUAAGCUGUCGCAGGUCACCUCUAAGUUCUUCCGCUUUUAAAAAUAUAGACAUUUUUUCAAUUUAUGCCGGGUUGGGGCCUCGGUUGGCCUCUGUUGAUGUAUUCCGUGAGAAAAGCAAACAGGAUUGGUAUUUUCGUGAAACAAUCGUAGAGUACGAAAACAAAUACGACAUGAGGAGGAACAAACAUACUUUUUCUGAUGAUGCCAUUGAGGAUGCAAUGCAUCGUAUCAAGAAUGAUAUUUUUUGCAGACAUAUUCUUGAAAAAAGGGAAGAUAUUGCUUUGCUGAGGUUAGCUUGAGUGUACAAUUUCAACAGGAAGUUUGUGGUAGAUUGAAUAUAAAUUCGUCUUGACAAAGGAUGGCAGAUGGUUGGUUCGGUUCGAAUAUGAAUAGUGGAUGCUUGCAACUCCAGUCAGCUACUCCGUAUUUAUUAUCAUUACUAGUUUUUAAUACGCGCUUUGCGCGAUUGAAUAAAAUGUCCAAUGUACUUUUUAUUGAGAAAUAUGCAUAUUGUAUGAUGAGAUGAUAUGAUUACUUUUAGAAUUUAAAAUGUCAAUAUUUAUAUCAAC